AUGCUUGAAUUCUUGUCCUGUGCCCGCCUUCUAGAUCCUGGCGUUGUCCACUGGCCCCUGUACAUCAACGAAACCAGUGAGCACGGAGUGGCCGUGUGGGUCAUUGCCUCCGAUUGCGACGAUGAGACGGAGUACCACGUGGACUAUGCCGAGCAGGUCCGAUACGAGACCAAUGUGCUCUUUCCGCCCAUCUAUGGCGCUACGUUGCACGUGAGUCCACUGCGAAGUAGCAGUAGUAGUAGUAGUAGUAAGAGUGGCGCUACUUGUACUGACGAGGAACUGGUCGAAGAGGGGCAGCGGGAGACGGGUGUACUCGAAGGCGGAAGUCUGUACGUGAAUGUCAAAGGUCUAGACCACUAUGAAAAGUACGGCCACAAGACGCGCAAGCGGUCAACGCGACUGACAACGGAUGAGCUGGAGGAGCUGAGCCAGACUGAACCUGGAUGGGAACGUGUCCCGUACGUGUAUCGUCGAGGGAUCGUGUGUGAUGGCGAGCUGCCUCACUUUGGCGGUCGCGUGCGUUCACUGCCGACGUCAUUGUCAUCUGUGAAAGACGCGAAGGUGUCCGUGAAGCGCGUGAUCGUGGGCUUUAAUCUGUUUCCGAGCGAAAUCGGCGCGUGUGUCGCUAAGUUCCCCGAACACAGCGGCGCUUUCAACCGCUACGUGAAGCUCUCUCAAGCCGCCGUGAAGCGGACAAAGGCGCUGUCGACUGCGGGCAACAAGGGCGGCUGGACGCUAGCGAGUGUGCGGGCGAACCCAAAGCAGGCUGCGUUUCUCAAGCUGCUGGCACGUAGGGUACGUGAGACGGAGAAGCAGAAGUCGGAGGCAGUGACACCGACUGUAACUGCGUCGUGCCCGUCAAGUUGUGAGCUGCGGAACGAGAGUGAAGAGGUGGAAGAGGAUGUCGAGAGGUGA